AGAAACGAAACAGGGAGAUUGGGGAUCUAAUUACCGGCGCCAUAAUUGGGGGCUGGGGAAUAGGUUCCCAUCCUUUCAACCCGCUCUGCAGAUCAAUUAUGUUAAGAGAACAUCUGUAAGUAGAGCUUAAUGAGGUCUAUUACAGCAACAUGUGAUGCCUGGCUGCAGCCUUCCCUGACGGUGCUGCCUGUCAGCUUCUUGGAUGAGGAGAGGAGGAGGCAGUGCUGUGAGGACGGCGUUGCUGACUAGGGACCAGCGAGAGGCGGGAAGAGAGGAGGCACGAGCUGCUUAAAUAAGAGCUGGUAGACACGCGCGCCGGAUCACGUCUCCUGUUUUUCUAACUGCCAGGGAAGGAAGGAAAGGAAACGAGAGGGAGGAAACUACCAGGGAAGGAAGGAAAGGAAAAGAGAGGAAGGAAACUACCAGGGAAGGAAGGAAAGGAAGAGAGAGGAAACUACCAGGGAAGGAAGGAAAGGAAAAGAGAGGGAGGAAACUACCAGGGAAGGAAGGAAAGGAAAAGAGAGGGAGGAAACUACCAGGGAAGGAAGGAAAGGAAAAGAGAGGGAGGAAACUACCAGGGAAGGAAGGAAAGGAGCCGCGGAGACAGAGAGAGAGAGACCAGGGAGGAAGACAACAGAGAGAGGGAGAGAGCAAGCGGAAGGGAGUUGAGUUGAGACAGGUGGUGCUUUUUCAUCCAAGCCGCUGUGAAAAGAGGGGCGGCUAUUGGCUACAAUUGUGCCAACAACUCGCAGCAUCAAGGACAACUUUUCCCUCGUAGGCUACAGUGGGUUUUUCCCGCUACUUCCUACUCACGCACUCAGCCUUUUAACAGAAUAGACUAAGUAGAAAGGACUAUACAAAUAGCGGACACGUUGGUUUUCAAUGUAACACUCAACAGAUAACAGGAAAGAGAUUAAACGCCAACCUUCGACUGGGUAAUCUUUUUUUUUUAUGCAUGAGCAUCCCUCUGAGAGAAGGUAUACAAAUGCUCUCCGUCCAGCCGGACACCAAGCCAAAGGGCUGUGCCGGCUGCAACCGGAAGAUUAAGGACCGCUAUCUGCUCAAGGCCCUGGAUAAAUACUGGCACGAGGACUGUCUCAAGUGUGCCUGCUGUGACUGCAGGCUGGGAGAGGUGGGCUCCACGCUCUAUACCAAAGCCAACCUCAUUCUCUGUCGGAGAGAUUACCUACGGUUGUUUGGUGUAACAGGGAACUGUGCGGCUUGCAGUAAGCUGAUCCCAGCCUUUGAGAUGGUGAUGAGAGCUAAAGAGAACGUCUAUCACCUGGACUGCUUCGCCUGUCAGCUCUGCAAUCAGAGGUUUUGUGUGGGAGAUAAGUUCUUCCUGAAGAACAAUAUGAUCUUGUGUCAGACGGACUACGAGGAGGGGCUGAUGAAGGAGGGAUACGCCCCACAGGUUCGCUGACUCCAGAUGAAGAGCGGGAGAGAGAGGGAGAGGAUGAUGUGAUGAGGAGAGAGAGAGAGGGGGGGGAGGAGGAGGAGAGACAUCCAAUCAGACUGAAGGAAGGAAGGAGGAGAGACAUCCAAUCAGACUGAAGGAAGGAGGAGAGACAUCCAAUCAGACUGAAGGAAGGAGGAAAGACAUCCAAUCAGACUGAAGGAAGGAGGAAAGACAUCCAAUCAGACUGAAGGAAGGAAGGAGGAGAGCCAUCCAAUCAGACUGAAGGAAGGAGGAAAGACAUCCAAUCAGACUGAAGGAAGGAGGAAAGACAUCCAAUCAGACUGAAGGAAGGAAGGAGGAGAGCCAUCCAAUCAGACUGAAGGAAGGAGGAGAGCCAUCCAAUCAGACUGAAGGAAGGAGGAGAGCCAUCCAAUCAGACACCAAAAGCACUACUACUACUACUCUCUCUCUCUCUCUCUCCAAAGUCAGAUCCCUAACGUGUAUAUAACCAACUUCCAACCUGGAAGGGACCCUUUCUCUGCUGUACAGAAUAGCCAUAGAGACUAAGGGUUGUCAGAGGAGGGGAGGAGGGAGUCCCCUACAAGGUCACAAUGGACUACAGUUGACUUUCUUUGUUUCCUGAAGGAUGCCUCCUCUUCUUCUGAAGGAUGCCUCCUCUUCCUCUGCCAACAACCAAACACUGGUUUUACAAUGAUACCCCAAUCCACCUUCGCCCCCCCCCCCCC